AUGUCUACCACGCCCACCCUCCGGCGGGUCCGCGCUCACUACAACCUCGCUCGUAGUGCGGACCACUCGUCCUACAACUACCCCCUCCCCGCGCGGCCUGCUCAGCCGGAUGCGGUCAAGCUCACCCGUCUCCUCGAGCGGGUCGCGGCUCCCCAGACGCCCCCCAUCGUCCACUCCUACUACUCCGACACCGGCUCGGUCGGCGGCGCGCCCAUUCCGCAGCUCAACGAAGGUCCCCAGCUCCUCCACCCGCGUCCUACCCGGCUCAUCUCGAUCCCCAAGUUCAUGCAGCAGAUCGCUCUGCACGCAAGCGACCCAACCAAGGAGGCGGACCGGGACAUCCCGACGCCGAGAAACACCCCCGUCACUCUUGAUGGGAUGCGUCAGGUGGCGAGCAAGACCCACCCCGUCGGGUUCUACCUCCCUCUCACCCCCUCUCCUCCUCCCAAGCCGGUGAGGCCCCCAAGGAACCCGGCCAGGUUGGCUCCGUCGCCCGAGGUCAUCGCGCCCCCGCCGUCGCUCAUCGUGCCGCCGGUCGCAGCCAUCACCCCCAUCGCGGCUCCGGUCGCGUCCAUCACCGGCAUCACGUCGCCGGUCGCAGCCAUCGCCACGGUCGCUGCCUCCGUGACUGUUGCCGUCGUUACCAACGUCGCUGCCGCCUUCACUGCGGCCGUCAAUGGCGCCAUCACUGCCACCGUCGAUACCCCUGUCGACGUCGUUGGCACCGGCUUGAUCUUGUCGGACGCCACCGCUGUGGACCAAGAUGGCACGACCGCCACGGACGGUUCCGCGGCGGACAAGGACAACGCGCAGGCGGACCCGGAGCCCAUGGGCUGGCUUGACUGGGCCGUGGGGUCUGUGCACGACGCCCUCGGCUUGGGCUCAAGCAGGGAGGUCAGGGAGGCGAGGGAGGCGGCCGAGGUGCAGGGGUACGACAUGGUCUAG